UUGAUUCAUCACUAGUAACAGACAGAACAAUAAUGUUGAUUCUUAUAGCAGUCUUAAUGCUCAAUGUGUGGGCUAUACCAGCAGAUGAUGUGCUUUCACCAAACAUAAACAUCCUUGAAGAACUGGGGAAGAUGGAAGCAAGGAUGAAAUCUAUGGAGAAGGAAAUGGAGCAACUAAGAACACAAAACACAGAAAGGAUGAAAGUAGCCUUUUCAGCCUCCCUGUCAGCUUCAUCGGACCGCAAAUAUUUUGGCCCUCAUGCAGAAGAAACCACUCUUGUGUAUGAAAAUGCAUAUACUAACAUUGGAAAUGCUUAUGACGUCAAUACAGGAAUCUUCACUGCACCAGUAAAAGGAGUUUAUUUCUUCAACUUUGUGGUCUUCAAUCCUUAUGCCCUAUCAACCGGUGUGAGACUGCUAAAGAACGGCAAUUUUGUGGUUGCAGCAUCAGAUAACCCUCCCGGUCAAGACACAGAGGACACUACGUGCAACUCUGUCACUCUUCUUUUGGAACAAGGGGACCAGAUAUAUCUUCAACUCUUAAAUCAGUGUCGUAUCUACACAGAUAUGUGGAAACGAAACACCUUCAGUGGACAUCUUCUUUUUACUAUGUAAAGUUAUUGCCCGUGUAAUUGAGCUCAAAUUCAGGGUUUUAUUGAGCUACAAAAAAUAAAAAAUAAAAUUUUCUUGAAGAUG